AUUUUGAGGAAGCGUCCGGUUGAGACUUGUUGUGUGUUGCAACGUUACAGACCGACAGACCGACAGACAGACCGACAGACAGACAGACAGACAGACAGACAGAUAAUGGACAGCAACCUGUUCGGGGACUCGCACUCAGUGAAAUGAGGCCUUCAGGAUGCUUCUGAUCGUCUUCUGCGUCCAUCUCAUCGUCCCAGUGCUGUCUGAGACGCCGCCACUGCCGCCGCCACAGAACGUCAGCACCAAUAAUGGGCUCCUGACAUGGACUCCUGCCGGCGAGGAGAGGGACGUCACCUACACCGUUCAGUACAAAUGCAUCGGAGAUAACUCGUGGUCAAAUGUACCAGCCUGCGUCCGGAUACCUUCCACCACCUGCAAUGUCACGUUCACCAAAGCUAAGGGCGAUCACGGCUGCGUCCGGCUGCGUGUGCGAGCCGAGAGUCGAGGCCUGAAAUCCAGUCUGGAGGAAGCCUGCAGCCAACCCGUGGACUCGUGCAGUCCUGAUGUGAAAAUGACGGCGCAGCCCGGCUCCCUGACCGUGCACCUGGGCAGGAACCACGACCUGGCUAAAGAAUACGCGGACCACGCCAAACACAGGGUUUUCUACGGCAAGGAAGGGGAGCCACUGACGGCCUAUAAAGACAGCCUCUCUUCGGUGACCAUCUACGGGCUGCAGGAGGGACAGCGUUACUGUGUGAAGCUGCAGUACAAGGUCAUAGACAGCCUCGUCGGACUGCCCAGCUGUCCCAAGUGUGAGCUCAUCCCGGAGUCAAAAAAGUCAAACCAGGCACAUAUCAUUGUACCGGUGGUGAUUGUCCUCGUCCUGGUCAUUCUGACGCCGGCGGUAGCGUACGUCCUCAUCUACCACUGCAAGGAUUUCAAAAAGCUGCUGCGGCCGGCUGAGAACAUACCCCUUUUCCUCACGGACUCGUGGUUUUAUACGCAUCACCUCGUCCCCAUCAGUAGCCCCAGCGAAGAGAACUGGGACGUCAUUUCCCGCAUUACCACGGAGUAGUUCCUCCUCCUCUUCCUCUUGCACUACGCCUCCUCUGUGUGGGGAUCAGACUCCUUGAGGAUCGACUGCAACCUGCAUGCUCUGCUUCUCCCCCCCCAAGCCCAGACUCUCUGCCACUGCCAUGGACUUAAACUCAAGGAGGAAAAGUGAUUUUUAAAGUGCAACUGCUGGGAGGAGAAAGUCUAAUCGGAUCUACAUUUAUCUUUAACUCCAGGAGGGGGAAAAAAAUCAAACGGAAUAAUGACAAGGCCGAAGCGUCGGCCAGACCACUCGAGUUAAUAAGCUCCGCUCUGCGUUCUUAACCCCCCAACAGUCAUCGCAAAUGUAUAAUCUAUCCACUGAGGUCCUCAAAGGUUUUCACAGAGAUGUAUUUGCCAAAUUGAGCUCGAAAUUUGUAAUAAGUGCACUUGUCGCCCUACGGAGAAUCAGGAACUCAUACUUGACACUAGUUUUAUGGAAGAAAGCUUCUUCCAUUUGAGCCAAGACUUACUGCUGACUCCUAAUAAAACAAAUUACACUAUGUCGCCCUUUUUAUAGCUUUGUAUAGAGCGCGCCACUUCCCAUUUCUAUGCACUUUCUAAUAACGUCCCCAUUUGUGCUCUUAUAGGCAUUAAUGUACACCUGCAGCAUUAAUUAGAUCAUGAAAAACAACCCACAAUCACGCAACCACGAACCAGUAGAAGACCGAAGGAGGUUUGAUAACCUCCAAAUCCUCGAGAUUGUUGUAAUCUGGGAGCCAGAACCGGAUCUCGAGGGCUAGUUUGGUGUCAUAUAUUAAUUUUUAAAAUAACGUGUUAAAAAAUGAAUGUAAUGACCUGAUUUAGUCACAUUUUACACUUAAUGAUGGGCUUAGGUUAAUUAAAAAAAGAAAAUUAUACUUUGUUUUUACAUGUUUCUAUCCAGUGUUUUAGUAAUGUGCCAUAAUUGUAUUUUUGAGUUGUAUUAAUUUGGGGCCUUUUCAAUGCAAAUAUAGAUAUAUCUAUCAGCCGUGAUUAUUUCUCUAGAUCUGCCCCCGUCUGAGAGGAAAUGUUGUCAACUGCCGUUUUCCGUCGUAGCACGUUUUACGAUACUAAUUUAAUGAUGAUAAUCUCUAUAUGUGAACAGCGGCCUGUUAGACGCUAACAGAAAUAUCGGUAGUGAUCCUGAAUGUGUCAGAACAACCAGCAAGGAAUCAACACUGUAACAUCACACAGUCUGGUUGUUAACUUCCAACUCCACUGAAACUAAUCCUGGUGGACUGAUCGAUACGAUGGAUGAUGGAUAACGUUUACAGUUACUGAUUAAUCGAGUCUUCAUCCCCAGAGUCAGAGUCCUGGUCAGAGCCGCUGGACAUCAGCCGGCCUCCGUCAAAGGCUCCCAGUCCAGGUACAGACAGCUAACGGGACUGCUAACUAGUUAGCAGCUAGUACGGUUAGCGUUUGCUACAAUGCACGAGUGACACAAACCUGAACGGAGUUUGACGUUGUUUUUGUGACUUGUUUCGACUAUUAGGGGGCAGCUCUUAGUUAUGUCUUCAUAGUAGCUUUUAAAGCACACUGAACCCUCUUCUGGCUCCAGUUGGACGGACGUUUAGCAGCUCUGUUUUCCGCUAAACGUCCAACCAGUCGGGACUUUCUACUUGCCAUUUGUCUGCCUUACUGUGAUUCUAACUCAGUGAUUCUCAAACUACAGGAGGAACAUAAGGAGUGGGACAACGCUUAAUGAAUGUAUGUGGGUAAAAUCAAGAGUUUGCUGAUGAUGGUGUGUUUUAAAGCACUAAAACUCAACUUUUUAAUUAGCUUUGGUUCCUCUAUCAUUGUUAGUGAUUGGUAUAAAAUUGCAACGGGGUGGGACAUGAACGUUUUCGGCUUCUGGAGCUUCCAGAAAAAGUUUGGGAACCACUGACCUGCAUAAAAACAAGUGUUUCUGUCUUUAACUUUAUUUAGUGCUGUGGAUCUACAAUCAUGUGUGUCAGUGAGUUGAAUGGAGCAGUCCAGAAAUAGUUUUUCCAGGUCUGAAACUAACACACAAUAAAUAUGAAUUCACUUUCA